AUGGCCUUCCAACCCCAACCUCCCGCUAUCCGCGCCAGCUAUCCCAUUCCCCUCUUCCCCUCCUCAAUCCAAGCAGCCUGGCUCGUCUCCUCACCCCUCGACCUUAUUUCAGCGCACUACUGUCUCGACCAGCGCCUCCCCGACACAUUUCCCCCAGGUUUCCCCGACGAUCCUAACACUUACAUGCUCGGCAAGGUUGGUAAAGUCUUCGUUGUAGUUGUUUGUCUGCCCCAAAGGCCGGAGGACCUCGUCGAACGGGGAGUAAGACAUCUCCUACGAACAUUCACAGGAUUAAGAUUUGCCAUCAUAUCCGGCACCGCAGCCGCCAUCCCCGCUGAACCAGUCCAACUGGGUGAUGUUGUCAUUGGGACGAAGAUCAUCCCCUUCUCUUCGGACCAUUCCGCCGUCGUGAACGAGUUCCUGCCGCCACCAGGGUACCUCCUUGCCGCGCUAGGACAAGUUCUUUCCCCGAAUGGCAUCCGUCGCAGCACGGCGUCGCCGAGGUCCGAUACUGGGGAGGGUGUGUUUGAGGACGACUCGAGGAGAGAGAGUGUGGGAACGGAGAACACGGAGGUGUCGUCACCUGAGACUCUUACGCCCAUGAAGAUUCCCGAGCGUCUUUCAGAGCGGGUAUCCUACACCGUUUCGAUCCAAGACGGCAAACUCACCCUCGUUCCCGUGUCCAUCACAACAUAUCCGGCCGAGAGUCCGGACUGGAUCAGCCUGGCUCCGUAUCUCAAACACCCCUGGGACCUCCCUCAACACAGAGCCUUCUCACAACACCGCCAUCCGAAAACAGGUAUCUGGUUCCUCUCAAGUCCUCAGGUCAAGCAAUGGCUGGAGCUAGCUUCUGGCAGAGCCCUCCUUGUCCCAGGAGCUCCCGGCACAGGGAAAUCUGUCUUGACCUCCCUUGUUGUCGACACGCUCCGAGCGGAACUCACAAAAACCGAGACUCAGCAAACCAAAGGAGCGAGUCUGGUAGACGAUCGACCGGUCGUGGCAUGUCUCUACGACGUCUACCAACUUCCAGGGCAGGAGACAGAUGAAUGGUUUACGAAGCUGUGUGCCUCAUUGCUAGGGCAGAUUGUCUGCUCCGUCCUAGACAAACGCCAGCUUCAGGAUGUCAAACCCUCAAACAUCUGGCUCAACAAAGAACAGUCCUUUAGAACCCUAGUUCGCUGCCUGGUAUCGCCGAAGGCCUUAUCCGCAAGACCGGUAUACAUUCUGCUCGACGGGUUGGAACAGCCUGAUUCAAAUCCCAACACCGAGUCUCCUAUUUUCGCUUCUGGGGAAUUGGCUGCUGGUUGGGGGCCAUAUACAAGGGAUUUUAUGUCCAUUUUGUUUACCCUCCAGCGCACGAGGGGGGUUAAUGUGUUCAUCACGACCAAGACGCCUUCGAGCAUGUUGUUUAAGCAGAUUAUCCAGCCACUGGGGAGGAUGAGAGCCAGUGGAUGGAGCAACAGCCCCUUGCAAAUUGCGGGUGUGGAGGUGUUGUAUCCCAAUCAAAAGUUUGAUUUUGAGGAGAUAAGGAAGAUGUUGGAGGAUAAGGUUGUCCUGUUUACUCAGAACAAGAGGGUAGGACUGACGCAUCAAAAGUUAAUGAAUGAGGUUUGUGAUGGGAAGAGCAUGUUUCUCAAUGGAGAUAUAAUCAAGGGCCUCGAUGAGGAAGUUAUCAAGAAAUGUAUGGCAACUGGGGCUACAAUUAUGACAGGAGAAGCGUUUGGUAUCUCGCCAGAUACGAUGUUCCUCAUCGCUUAUUUGGUCAUCCAAGAACUUUUCUCCGCCGCCUCAUCCGUCCCCAGAGACCAAGUUGGCAAAUUUCUCGGGAAACUCACAGCCCGUCUGAAGAAAACUGUCCUGCCUAACCGGAAGAAGUGCUUAAAUUCACGCUUCGACGGGCAGGUGCUCUCCCUCGCGAGCAUGUACAAGCACAUCUACAGCCGACUGGCCUGCUCCAACGCUGUACAUGAUGUUGAGUGCUGUGAGGCAAACGCCAAGGCUCGGAAGGGGCAUCUGACGGAGAAGAUUCUCUUUCUGAGCUGGUACCGGGUGCGUGUUCCUGCGGAUCAUCUGGGGUGCCAAGACGGUGGGAUUGGAGACGAAGACAAAAAUAGUGUUCCGAUUGUCAAUGUCAUCGCCGAGACCAUGGUGGCAAGCCUGGAAUGUUGGAGUCAACGAGUUGGGCGAGCCUGUCUGGCUCUGCAACAGCCAACAAGCAAUCAUCAUCGGGAAGAAGAGUGCCCCGCGGACAUGUUUGUCAUGAGCGGCAUGAACAGCAUCACCUUGAAGGAUGGGUCAAGCGGGGGACAAUCCGAUCCAAAGAGCCCAAAAUUUGGGAAGUACCUCUCACCGAGGGAAGUCGUUGACUUGUUUACGCCGAAGCAAGAGAGCAUAGAUGAGGUCGUCAGCUGGUUAAGGGGGGAGGGAGUUGACGGGAGGAGGUUAGGGAUGUCCUACAAUAAGCAGUGGAUUGGUUUCGAUGCCCCUGUCGACGAGAUUGAGAGGCUACUGCACACACAGUACCACAUCUAUGAGCACGUCGAGAGCGGCGUUCUAAGCAUAGCCUGCUCGGAAUACCAUGUCCCUCAUAACAUUUCUCACCUAAUCGAUUACAUCACACCAGGUAUCAAGCUCGCCACAAGCCAUCGAGAUGUUAAGAUUGCCAAGAGAGCCAUCAGAAUUGAGGACGAGCGUCAGUCACGUCGACUCAUGAUCGAACGUCGUAACGCAAAGCGCAAUGACAAUGUUGCCUCGGCUACCGAUGCACCACAACUCAACGUUCCUCAGAUCGAAGACAAGUGGUUUAAACCGUCGGGUUGGUGCUCGGGGGAUGUGACUCCUCAGUGCAUCAGAGCUCAGUAUCAAAUCCCCGUCGGCAGCAAAUCCACGCCCGGCAACGAGCUAGGCAUCUUCCAGAGUCUAGGUCAGCAUUACAAUCAACAUGACUUGGACACCUACUUUAGAAAUAUUGCCCCUUGGGUCCCCAAAGGCACAUUUCCCAGUCUUCGCUCCAUCAACGGCGCCCUCGGCCCAACCAACGACGUCUCCAAGGCCGGAUUUGAAGCUGAUCUCGACUUCGAAGUCGCCAUCCCUCUUGUCUGGCCUCAAAAGACGGUCCUCUUCCAAGUUGAUGACGAGUGGUAUCAGCAAGAACAGACCAGGUCGGACAGCAAGUAUCCAGGCUUCUUCAACACCUUCUUUGAUGCUUUAGACGCCUCCUACUGCCAUCUCACGGCCUACAACCUCACAGGCAACUGCCGCACCUCCUCCUGCCGCGACCCGGAAUACCCCAACCCCAAUGUACCCCCGCUGAACCUUUCCUCGUCAACGCCCCUCCUCUCCCCAGAUGCCUUUAUCAUCCUCAACGCUUACCACGGCCCUCUUAUGUGUGGUGCCCACCCUCCAACAAAAGUCAUCUCUAUCUCAUAUUCUGGCACAGAACACACUUGGCCGGCAAAUUACAUGCGCAGACAGUGUCUUGAGAUUAUGAAGCUUACUCUGCAGGGCAUUACCGUGGUCGAGUCAUCAGGCGACGUGGGUGUUGGAGGGGGGAGGUAUAACUCGCAAGUGGGAUGUUUGGGUGCCAACAGGACGGUGUAUGCCCCGAGGGUGAUGAGUAAUUGUCCUUACGUUUUGUCCGUUGGGGCAACGAUGUUAGUAGACAAAGAUGAUGGAACAGCCAGUUGGAGGGAGGUGGCUGCCGAGGGGAUCAAAGAGAAGGGGUACAUACUGAAAGGAGAGGAGGGCUUCAGUAACAGCAGCGUGCCCGAGGGAAAGGUGUUCAACCUCGCUGGAAGGGCCUACCCUGAUGUGGCGGCGAUUGGAGAGAACUUUAAGGUUGUCUGGAAGGGGUAUCCAAAUCGCAUGGAUGGGACAUCGGUGGCGGUGCCAAUUUGGGCGUCAAUUCUGACGCUGAUUAAUGAAGAGAGGUUGGCGGUGGGAAAGGGGCCAGUUGGAUUUGUGCAUCCUGUACUGUACGCGCAUCCCGAAGUGUUUACUGAUAUCACGGAGGGCUCGAACCCAGGUUGUGGGUCAGAGGGCUUCCCUGCGACGAAGGGAUGGGAUCCGGUGACGGGAUUAGGGACUCCAAUCUUCCCCAAGUUGCUCGAGCUGUUUAUGAGUUUGCCUUAG